CCCGGUGGCCAGUAGAGUGCGAGCCUCCGUCCCAGGCGGAGCCGGGCGACUCGUAUCAGCGGCCAGCCCACCCCCCCCCCCCGCCCCAGGCCAGCCGGGCCAUGCUGACCAAGGGCCCCGAGGCGCUGCCUCAGCUCCCGUCCCCGGAGCCCCCGGGCCGUCCAGGCAAGGGCCAGGAGGCCCUGGAGGCUACCUACCGCCUGGGGCCCCUGCUGGGCAAGGGCGGUUUCGGCUCCGUCUUCUCUGCGCAUCGCCUGGCUGACCGCCUGCAGGUUGCUGUGAAGCUGAUCCCCCGGAGCCGCGUCCUGGGCUGGGCCCCCCUGUCUGAUUCAGGCCCAUGCCCUCUGGAGGUGGCCCUGCUGAGGAAGGUCGGGGCUGGGGGUGGUCAUCGGGGUGUGAUCCAACUACUGGAUUGGUUUGAGACCCCCGAGAGCUUCCUGCUGGUGCUUGAGCGCCCAGAGCACGGCCAGGAUUUGUUUGAUUAUAUCACUGAGCGAGGACCUCUGGGAGACAGCCGCUGCCGCCGCUUCUUCAGCCAAGUGGUAGCUGCUGUGCGCCACUGCCAUGCCCGUGGUGUAGUCCACCGAGACAUCAAGGACGAGAACAUCCUGGUUGACUUGAGGCGGGGUGAAGUGAAGCUCAUUGACUUUGGCUCUGGUGCCCUGCUCCGGGAUGAGCCCUAUACUGACUUUGAUGGAACAAGGGUGUAUAGCCCACCAGAAUGGAUCUCUCAGCAGCAGUACCAUGCACUACCAGCCACUGUGUGGUCCCUAGGCAUCCUCCUUUAUGACAUGGCUUGUGGUGACAUCCCCUUUGAACAUGACCGGGAGAUCCUAGGUGCUCGCCUCCGCUUCCACUGCCAUGUCUCCCCAGGUUGUGAGGCCCUGAUCCGGCGUUGCCUGGCCCCUGACCCUGCCAACCGGCCCUCACUGGAGCAGAUCCUUCGAGACCCCUGGAUGCAGGAUGGGGAGGACCACUUAGCACUUACUUCAGAAAUCCUGCCUCCUGUCUCUGGGGAUGCCACCGCCUCCUGUGAUGCCAGUACCUCAGAAUGGCCAGCUUUCUAACAGUGGUAGAAGAAUGGAGCAUGUGUAUUUGUGGUCCCCCAAAUGGGACCACAGGGUUGAAGCUGCACUGUUGACCUGGUUUUACAGGUUGUUUAGAGAUGCUCCUCUGGACCUCACCCAAGGGACCUGCUAGCCCAUUCCCCAUUCCCCUCUUGCUCUCCUGGAAGGAUAAGGCCUUUUUGAGACAGUAGACUCCCACCCCCUCCUUCCCCCUUUCCACUAUAUGUUGUUUAGAGAUCCUGAGAUUGGAGUGGAAAAGAAUGCUGGGAGCUUGAGGCUCUUCCUCCUGGCUUCUUGCAGCCCAGACACUUCCUUGAAGCAGCUGCUCUCCUUUGCCCCUGCCCAGCCACAGGGCCUGUGUCACUGAUUGCCCAGUGAAGUAGUCUUCUUCACCUUCCCCCUAUGAAGGCAGCCACUGCCUCCCAGGCUGUGCCAACACUUUGGACAGAUUGGCCGCGACUGGAUCAGAGGACGCCGGGAGGGGGAAGGGAGGGCGGCAGGUGGACAGCUGGCUCUCAUCCCCUCAGACCUGUGUAUGACAUUAAAGCGAGCCCUAGGAGGCCUGGCCUAG